CGGCGGCUGCUCGGAACCCGAAGGCGCAGACAUGGUGGAGCAGUUUCUGCAGCUGAGCGCAGACGGGAUUCAGAAAACUAUCAUUCACGCCGGAACCGGAGAGCCGCCGUCCUUCUGCGACGGUACCAAGGCCUCGUUUCAUUACCGCACGCUCUCUGCGGACGGCGCCCGCACGGUGAUCGAUGACAGCCGCGCGCAGGGCAAGCCCAUGGAGCUGAUCUUCGGCAAGAAAUUCAGGCUGCCGGUGUGGGAGAGCGUGCUGAGAACCAUGAGAGAGGGGGAGAGCAGCGAAUUCCACUGCAGCACGAAGCACACAGCGCUGUACCCCCUGGUUUCGAAGAGUUUGCGGAACAUCGCUGCUGGCAGGGACCCCCUGGAGGGUCAGAGGCACUGCUGUGGGGUCACUCAGAUGCACGAGCACCAUUCCCUGGGGUACCCCGACUUGGACGAGCUCCAGAGGGACCCCAAACCCCUCAUCUUCCACAUCGACUUAUUGAAGGUUGAGGCCCCUGGCUCGUACCGGCAGGAUCCCUGGGCGAUGUCGGAUGAUGAGAAGCUGGCCGCUGUCCCUUCGAUUCACGAGGAGGGUAAUCAGCUCUUCAGAGAGGGGAGGGUGCAGGCCGCCUCCGAGAAAUACCACAACGCCAUCGCUUGCCUCAAGAACCUGCAGAUGAAGGAGAAGCCUGGGGACGAAUCCUGGAUCCGAUUGGACUUGAUGAUCACGCCCCUCCUCCUGAACUACUGCCAGUGCAAACUGCAGCUAGGGGAGUACUAUGAGGUGCUGGAGCACUGCUCCUCUAUACUGAACAAAUACGAAGGUGAGAGAGAGAGAGAGAGAGAGAGAAACUGCAGCUAGGGGAGUACUAUGAGGUGCUGGAGCAC